GAGUACAGGCUGUCUAGACGCCUGGUUGUAAGGAACGUUAUCACGGGGGAGCAGUGCCACGGGGUGUCCUAGCGCUGCCUUGGUCCUGCGGCGCCCCACGGAGGGGAUCGGGUGUCACUGAGCCUCUCCAGUGCUGAACCCACAGCUUCACUAGCGUGUGCCCUGUCAUUACGGCAGGACACCGCUAGCAGCGUAGCAGCAUCAGGUAGCAGUGGCAGUGGCAGUGACAAGGGAAGGAGGGGAGGCCAGGCACGCGGCGGUUCAUCCCAAAAUAACAUGGCCCAGUUUUGGCAUGGUGGCCGGGCCUGGCUGAGACCCGGUGUGCGUGGGGGCCGCCUGGGUACCUGCUACCUCCGCCGCCAGUUGGCCCCAACCCGGCACCCGUCCUGCCGUGCCUACCGCUAGCUUGCUUGUGGUUGUUCGUGUCUGUGGUCAUGUCGUGCUUCAGGAAAUAACACAGGGCCACACACUAGGCCUGCUGGAUCCCCUUCACCUCGCUAUUGUGACAAUUAUGUAAAACUGCUCAUCGUCGUAACUGGCACGGCGGCUCGGGAGACUGAGGAUGCCGAAAGGAAGCGACCCGCUGUGUCCACUGGGCUUCCAUCCCCAGACCCGCUGGCCCAACAGGUGCAAACGUUGCUUCAGGGACUACAAUGACCACAAAACUGUUAAGGAGCAAUCAGGCUCUACCACCUCCCUCAACUCCCUGUCUGGCUACGACACCAGCACCAAUACCUUUACUCGCAAACAAGAAGAAGAUAAAGGCAAAGAUUCGAGUGGGUAUGGUUCCAGAGACUCGCUUGUGUCGUCCGGCAGAGAGAAGGAGGAGGGCUCGGCCUACAGGAGGACCCGCUCUGACCUCUCCGCGGAAAUCAUCUCGCGCGCCAACGCCGAAGCCAGCACGGAGGGCAGGAAGUCUUCGUGGUACAGCAACUCGUCGAAGUCAUGGAACAAGUCUCGCCCGGUGUCGUGGUCAGCGCAGGACCUUCGAGCUGCCGUGGACGAGGCCAAGGAACAGGUCCGCUCGUCCAGAGAAGACCUGCACCGCCUUUACGGCAGCACCAAGUCUCUCACCGGUGACUAUGACGAUCUGCGCAGCACCUCUAACAACCUGUCGUCCAGUAAGGAUGAAAAGGACCCGACGGCUUCCUACAGCAGCUUCUCUUCCUAUCUGGCUAUGCGCACAAAGUCCCCUGCCAGACCCCCCUUGGCCAGGGCCUCCUCACUACAGGGAACCUCUUCCACUUCCUCCUACGUGAGAAGAAACGAUGAGGAAACGGCAAAAAUCACGGAGGAGAAAGAGGAACCGAAAUAUACGAAACCGACGACCGAAACCAAGACUUCGAAACCCCCCACGCUGUCCUCCGUGUCCGAAUCCAAAUCCAGCACGUCCUCCUCCCUCCCGCCUAUCUCCGAAACCCCGCGAUCCAGGAACUCCACGUCCAACUCUGAUGCCAAGCCGCCCAAGCCUCCCUCCCGCCUGCGUCCCUCCAUCAAGCUGGGCGAGAUCAAGGAGACGCGCACGGAGGAAAAGCCAGACAAACCCGAGAAGAGCGAGAAGCCCAAGAACAUCCUGAUGCUGCGGGGCGAAGUUAACGGGUCGGGCACAGAGGUGAAGAGCGAGGAUGAAUCUGUCGACGCCUCCUACGUGAUCAAGCUCAAGCCAAAGAAAGAACCGAAGAGAGUGGAGAUCGACCUUCAGUCUGAGGUGGAUCGCCUGCAGAAGGAGCUCAAGGAGAAGACCAAGCAGGUGGAGGAGCUGAGCGAGAAGACAGACACCCUGGAGCGCGAGAACAAGGAACUGCUGGCCAAGAAACCAAAGUUUGGCGACCUCCGCAAACAGGCUGAGCUGUCCAAGGUGCAGCAGAAGGUGGACGAGCUGACGGAGGAGAUAAAGAGCAAGAACAAGGAGAUUAAAGAGCUAAAGAAAGAAAUCGACAAGCGACCUCUGCCCAAGGACGUGGAAAAGACCAUAGAGGACUUGCGGUCCAAGCUCCAGGCGGCGGAGCAGCUGUGUGAGGAGCUUAUGGAUGAGACCGAGGACUACAAAAAGGAAAUUCGCACACUGGAGGAUGAGAUCGAGGAGAUGCAGGACAACUUCCGGGAGGAGCAGGCUGACGAGUACAGAGACCUCAAGAGGGAGCUGGAGCAGACCGCCAAGAACUGUCGCGUGCUGCAGUUCAAGCUGAAGAAGGCAGAGAGGCGGUCAGAGUCGUUGGAGCGCGACAAGGGCGAGAUCGAGGAUAAGCUGAAGGAGCUGCAGGUGGGCGAGGGUGACGUGGACAGAGCGGAGAAAGUGAAAAUGUUGGAGAAGGAAGUCAACCUGGCCAAGGAGGUCUCAGUAAAAAUGCACGAAGAAAUGCAAAAGAUGAAGGAGCAGCUGGAAUCCGCCGAGAGGGAUAAGAAGAAACUCAGUGAAAAGUUCAUGGACAAGCCAGUGAGACCGGGAGGCAAACUGAGCCGUUCCCAGAUGAUGGGUCGCCAGGGCAGCCAAGACAACACGGAGCAGCUCAUGAGGGACCUGCAGGGCGCCACCGAGAGAGAACAAGACCUCAAGGACCAGCUCAAGUUCGCGGAGGAAGAGACCAAGAACCUGCGGAAGAAGACGUCACGCCUGGAGGAGGAGAACGAGACCUUAGCGCUGCAGCUCAAGAAGAUGAGCACGAAAGCCAAGCAGAACAGGCAGCGCUCCAUGGAACGCUCGGGCUCCAUCGAACGCGCUGGCUCCGUGGAGAGAGGUUCACUCAGCCGCCAGGGUUCCACCGAAAAGCCGCCCAAGGAGCCUGACGAGGGAAUUACCGAGGACCUGGACCCGACUGAACUGAAGAUCCAACUUGAACUGAACGAGCAGGAGUCGGCGGUGCUGAGACGGAAAGUGGAAGACCUGGAGUCGGAGAACGAGCGGCUACAGAAGGAGAUCAGGGGCGUCCUCUCCAGCACCGAUUCCAGAGUCAUCAAGGGAGACUCCGCGGAUAUGAAGAAGCUGGAGAAGGAAGUACAGCUGCUAAGGACGAAAAUCAAUGACGUUGAGGCCGAGAAUGAGAAGCUGAGCGACGAGAACAAGAAACUGCAGCUGCGGGUGACGAAGCGUUUGCCUCUGUCAGGCUCCGAGACAAGCUACAUCGAGAAGCAGGUGCAGGAGGAGAAGGUGAAGCGGCUCGAGAAAAAGCUGAAGGAGGCCAACGACAAACUGAAGGAGGCGCAGAUCGAGGCGGCGGUGACAUCCACGGAGGGUAAGGGCGUGCGAGGGGUAGGCCUUAAAGACGAGACGCCAAAGAAGGACGUAGAAUCAGACGGUUUGAAAAAGAAAUUAGAUGAUUUACAAACGAAAUACGAUAAACUGUUCAAAGAAACUGAGGAGCUGAGGAACCCUGCGUCCAUGAAGAACAGGAUACCUAAAGUGCCCAAGGACUACACGCCCAAGGCCACGCUGAUGAAGUGGGUGACGGAGCUUGAGGCGGAGUGCGCCAAGCUCCACUCCUCCCUGGUGGAAGCGGACAAGAGGAAAAAGACACGGCCAACCUCGGAGGACCUGACCAGCGUGCGUGACCUGGAGGACAAACUGAACCGGGAGAAGGAACGCAACGAGGAACUCUCCCGCCAGCUGCAGGAGGAGCGCGAGAAGCUGGACAAGCCUCUGCCUAACAAACGCCGGUUCGGGAGCAAUGAGGACGACCUGAAGCGUUACGAGGAGCGCAUAUCCACCCUGAAGGAACAGCUGAGCCAGGAGAAGGAACGCAACGACGAACUCAAGACCAAGCUGGGUGAAGGAUCCCGCGCCAGCAGUGACGAGCUCCGCGCCUCCAAGACCGAGAACUCCAGACUGCAGCGGGAGCUCAAGUCGGCCCAGGAGACGUCUGCUGUACUGGAGAGGAAGCUCAAGGAGACGGAGGAAAACCUGAAGACCACAGAGAGGACGGAGAGGAAGAACAGAGUGGCGGCGGAGCGACUGGAGGCGAAGCUGGAGGAGGAGAGAAGUAAAGGCACGGUGGCCGAGGAGCGCCAGAAGGAGCUGACGGUGUCCUGGCUGAAGGAACGCGAUGACCUGAAGAAGGAGCUCGCGGAGGCCAAGAGGUCUAAAGAGAAGUUUGAGCGAGACGUCCGAACAUUCAAGAGAGAACGCGACAACAUGGAGACCAAACUGGAGGAGGAGAAGAAGAGAGCAGAGGAGGCGCAGAACAACAAGAGGAAAGACACUGAUGAUCUCAAGACCCUCAAGCGCAGGAAAGAGGAGCUGGAGAAUGAGCUGGACGAUCUGAGGGACUCGGUCACCCAGCUGGAGUCGACGAAGGAGAAGAACAUCCAGAAGCACAAACGGGAAGUGGAUAACCUGAAGAAGGAGAACGACAACCUCACCAUCCGCAUGAACGGCCUGGAGAGUGAGCUGAAGUCGGAGAAGAGACGCAGAGAGCGACUCGAGAAAGACUCGAACAGCUUCCGGGAAAGGACCAACGCCAGGAACGAGGAAGAACUCAAGAAGGUCAAGGAGGAACUGGACACCCUCCAAACCACACACAAAGAGCUGGAGAGAACAAGGAAAAAGGAGAAGCAGCAGAUGGAGGCUCUGCAGACCAAAUACGACCUGCUGGAGGAGGACUUCGUGGUUCAGAAGGCUCAGUACACAACGAACAAGGAAGGCGUCGAGGAGAAGUACGAGAAGCUCAAGAAGGAACACAGCACCAUCGAGACUGAGCUGAAGAACUUAAGGGAAACGUACAACAACCGGCAGGACACCUGGAUCAAGGAGAAACUCGGCAUGCAGGACCAAUUACGGGAGCUUGAAGUCCGCCUGAAGAAGGUGUCCAAUGACCCCACGUCCUACUCGGAGAAGAAGCGACUCAAGGACAUUAUUGACGACAAGAAUCAUCAGAUAGAUCAGCUGAAGCGAGACGAGGAUACGCUCAAGGACCAAGUGUCUUACUACCGUCGGGAGAGCGAGGAUCUGCGGCGCAAGGUGGAGGACCUGGAAAAGCUGCAGCAGAUCAACGAGAAGCGCGCCUCGGACAUCGCCAGCGACGCCAGCACCUACGACAACACCAUCAGGGAGCUCAGGGAUAAACUCACCGCCAACGAGAAGACCCACAAGACAGACCUCACCAAGAUCAAGAUGAAGUACGACUCCAAGCUGAAGGCGAUGACGGAGGAAGUGUCCACGCUCACCCAACACAUGACCAAGUACAGGCGCGAGCGAGACACGUACAAGGAGAUGCUGGACGGCUCGCAGCGCACCAUCGCGGAGCUCAAGGGCAGCGGGAACUACAAGGCUUCCAGAGCUGAUAAUGCCUCCGAGAUGGCGGGAGGCAAGCGCCAGGUGGACCAGAAGGCCCAGCAGCACCUCCUCGAGACCCAGGAGCUGCACGCACAGGUCACGGAGUUCGAGGACAAGCUGGCGGACGCAAAGCUCGAGAACACAAAACUCAAGAACGAAAUCAUCGAUCAGAAAACCAACUUUGAGAUCCAGUUGUGUGACCUGCAGACCAAAGUCAACGAGUACGAGGAGAGCCGCCUGCUGGUGGGCAACGCGCGGCGCCUGCCCGGCCUCAGGACAAGAUUGGAGCUCAACUGGCAGAAGGAGCGUGAGGAGCAGCAGCGGCUGAUCCAGGAGACCGCCACGCUCGCCAAGGACCUUCGGCAGACGUUGUACGAGGUGGAGCGGGAGCGGGACCUCGAAAAGCUGGAGGCCAAGAGGAAGAUAGACCAGCUGAAGAAGACGGUGGGCCAGGAGACAUCAGACACCAAGACCAAAGUCCAGGAGCUUCAGCGGGAUCUGCAGGAGCUGCGAGAGGCACACGCCAAGCUGCGGCAAAUCAACGAGAAACUGCGACGAGAGAAGGACCGCACGGAGGUGGAGCGCGAGGCGAUGCGAGACAAGUACCUGGGUUCCUCCCGCGAGCACCUCCACCAGCAGAGCAAGAUGGAGCUGCUAGCGGAGGAGAUGAAGGUCGUGAAGGAUCUGGCGCCGCUGGUCCUUGGCGAGGGCAUCGACGGUCGCGAGGGAUCCCUGACCAAGCUAACUGGAGAAGUGAAGCCUAAGACGAGGGAGGAGUUCACGGACUCCCUAAGGAAGGCGUGCAAGUGCAUGGAGGACCUCAAGAGAAUCAUGAACCUCACAGACGACCGGGACAGAUUCAAGCGAGCGCCCUCCUUCAGAAGGGCUCUCUCGGACAUGGAGAGCGAGGACGAGAGUGUGUCGAUACGCCCGAGAAGUCAACAGAGAGGAUCGCUGCACAAGGGUCCCAAGAACCAGAGGUCCAUGUACCGCAAGACACAGUCGCUCGACCACCAGAUGGCGGAGGACAGAGGCAAGAUCUGGGUGUCGACGGACGCGGGUAGCACCACCAGCAUAGAUUCCACCCUGACUGACGACAUGAGGAGAGCGAAGUACGACCGCGAUAUCUCCAUGGACAGGAUCUCUACGGGUUCCCAGACGAGUGAAUUGGACGCCCUGGCGGACAAGAAGAAGAAGAAGGGUGUCAAGGCCAUGUUCUCCAAGCUCACCAAGUCUCGGUCCAUCGAAGAGUCCGGCACGGGAGGCUCCAUUGUCGGGGCGGGAGUCAAGGCGAUGGGCGUCGGAAUGGGCGGUUCUGGCAGCGACAUCUCGACAACCGAGAUGGAGAAGGAGAGCAAAGUGAAAGGGAAGCUGAAAAGCCUCUUCAGGUCCGGCCCGCCCAACCGAUCUCAGAGUGUGGAGCGUGACACGGCGCGGGAAGGACCAAAUGCCAAGAGUAGCGGAUACGAUUCUAAGACAGGCUCGAUCGCCUCCCUGGAGAGUGAGGCCGGCUCGACCCUGCCCCCCGUGCUGCAGCGGUACAGAGGUCGUGCUGACUACGGGGCCAUGACCAAGGCUCAGUCCAUCUCCUCUAUAGGCCGUCGGAGCUCAGUGGAGACUGAGGUGUGAGGCAGGACGCUCCAGGCCUCACAGGCAGAAAUACACCAGGAAAAUCAACUGGGUGCAGAGGGAGUGCAAUGGUCUGCCUGCCUCGUGUCUGCUCGGGGACUGUGCGGGAGGGGCGUUCAUCCACACGAUGUGUACACCACUGCCCUGACACUUGUACCACACGGACGAUACUCAUUUCCCUUUAUACAUUAUGCAGCAAAUUGAAACCUAAAAUAAACUUUGUCCAAAACAAUAUAAGGAAAUCGUUCUUGCAUAGCAGGGGAACCACCAUCUGUUACAUGUUUGUGAUGUUCAGUACUGACUCCCGACUAUGUAAGACUUCUGGAGAGAAUAUUAUAACGAAUACCCCCAAGAGUGCACCAAGGAAGACCUGGAGCAGGUGAGGCGGUCCAGAUGUGGCAGAAGUGAGGCGUGUCGCACGCCCUGGCAGGCUGAAGGGCGCAGCACCCCCAGGUAGCUGGCCCAUGCCUGUUAGGUUCAAGCCAGUCUGGUAAAACUUGCUUCAAGAACACGUUAAUAACUGUGUGGCUGUUAAGUUCAGAAGGUACAUAUUUGUUCAAUCAAUCAUAACUAAGAAUUAAUUCCUACUUAUAAUAUCAUUAGCUUAUACAUUUGUGUACAUUUUCCUAUUUAUGUAAUGUAUCACAUAUAUGCAUAUUUCUGCACUUGUGUACAUUCUUAGUGGUAAGUCACACACUCUCAGCGCCUGAUGAGGGAAGCCACAGUGACUUGUGCCACUGAGAGCUGGAGCCUCGCGUCCGGCACACCACACCGGAAGGCGCCGCUGCUCGCCCCAAACACGGCGCUGAGAAGCUGCUCGCCCUUUCACUCAUCCCGGUGACAUAAAUUUGUGUAUAUUGAAUGUGUGUUUUGCCCUUCACCGUCACACUUGUCCAUCACGCCAACAGUAGUGUAGUGUUCGUGUGGCAGCACAGUGCCAUGAAGGUCGCUCUUUCCUUCACGUUCACUGGUCUCGUUCAUGUACGUAAGUUUCCGCCUCACAAAUGAACGUCCGUCAGAGAGGUGAGUAAUGAACCAGCAGUUUUUACCUCCGGCUCGUGUAUAACACUAAGCAGUAUUUUUCAUCGAAAUUAAUUUCUUAAUUUUUUUCUUAAGAAAACUGAAAUCCGAACUGGUUUAAAGCGAGUGAAUUAAUACAAUGCAUAAUAUUUUCCUUAAUAAAACUAGAGCUAUAUAAAUGUGAAGUAUUUUGUGGUAUUGUAAAGUAAAAUAAAAAAUAAAGUCAGAUGAUAACAGUCAUCGCGAUAGGUGUUCAGUUCACACUCACGCCGCCACACACACUGCACGCCAUCCCGCCCCCUGUGUGUCCUUGAUAUGGAACACUAUGCGUCAACCGAGUCGUGAAGUUUCUAGUCAGUAAUCCUCAGCACAUCUCUGGACGCGGGAGCUGUUCGUUCUCUGAUCGCACUCCACCGCCUCGCCUCAGGGCGUCUUCACCUCAUUUCAAGCGACUAACGCAAGUAUGAAGAAGUGGUUUAAUAAUUAUUCUUUUCUUAUGCUUCAUUACAAAGCACUAAUAUGUAUGCCGGCAAGCUGAGUGGCCCAGGCGUGGAAGGCGAGAGCUCCCAGUGUCCCGCGUGCUUGACCUCAGCGUGUACAUAUACUGUUAGCAAAGCUCAUCGUGUUGUCUGUCGUGCAUGCAUCAAAUACUUAGAAGGAUUUCACAUUCAAUUAAAAAUUCUAUUUAAAA